UAAUUUCUGGUUAGUUUCGUGUUUUUGACUCUUCUGUUAAGCGUCAGCCACAUGUUCCCUUCUACUUGACGAUGUCUUUGAUCUUUCGUCGUCAAAUCUAUUUAAUCCUCUUUGACUCUAUCUUGCGUUAAAGACUUUUCUUCCUCCAGAAGUUUCCUUUUUCUUCUAUAUUAAAUCUUCUUUCGCACUUGGAGAUUCACGAGUUUGUCGGAUCGAUCCAUUUUUAGUUUUUUUUUUUUUUUUUUUUUUUUNNGGUAAGCAAAGAUUUUGAUUCGUUUUGUUUCACCAAUCACAAAGCUAUGUUUAUGUAUGCUCCAUAUAUAUAGUCCAUAGCUUAAUCUUCUGACGAACCAUGAUAUUUGUUUUUACAUUUUUUUUCCCCCUUUUUGGAUCUAUAAGCCAUCUAAUCGAUUUCUCAUAUUCUUCUCUUGUACAAGACUCGAAGAUCCAUGACCACGACCAGCCGUAAAAACACACAUUGGUGUAACACUUGUAGACGAGGAGUACGUCUUCAAGGAGAGGGAAGAAGAGGAGGAGCUUGCAUUCACUGUGGUGACACCUUUCUUGAAAGGCUAUAUGAGAACGUGGAACUAAGCCCUUUUGAUUUCUUUGGAUUAGCCUUUGAAGAAGCUCGUAACCGUGGCAACAACAGAAGAUCGGUUCUUGGAGGAGACCAACUAAGUUUCGAAGAGCUGUUUAACCGUCUGUCAACGCAAGACCGUCGCGGUCCUCCUCCCGCUUCACUAGCCGCGAUCAACACGUUGCAAAAGAUCAAAAUCAGGCAGAAGCAUCUCGGUAAUUUGGAUCUGUGUUGCCCGGUUUGUCAAGACCGGUUUGAAAUAGGAUCGGAUGCAAGAAAGAUGCCGUGUAAACACAUCUACCACUCGGAAUGUAUAGCCCCGUGGUUAGUCCAGCGUAAUUCUUGCCCGGUUUGUCGCAAAGAACUGCCACAAGACCGGAAUAAUGGCUGGAAAAAGCCAUUGAUGUAUCUGUGGCCGUUUAGGUCUUCUGGUUUGGCCUAAAACCACAAUGGAUCACCUUUCCAUUGAGAAGCUUUUGUAUUAUAAUUCAUGUUAGUAUAUAACGUUUUUUUGUUCCUAAAUGUGGCUUUUCAACAUGUUGGUUUUGUAGCUACAUUGUAGUAUUACUCUUAUUUUGUUUUAUUUUGUACUAUAAACAAUUUUGAAUAUUUUUUUUUUUUAAA